AUGGCUGUUUAUACUGCAGAGGUUUUAUUUGCUCUCGGAUUUCUAGUAUCGAGUCUGCAGAGUCAGUGUUUACCGCUAAGUAGCCAGCAGUAUGGCGGGGUCUUGGGAAGCGCGUGGGGCGGGCGAAGCGAUAACGCAGGGUGCGGCUGUGGGACGCAAUUGGCGGGAAUAGACAGUGCCGCGGCCGCACUCGCUGCAGCGGACGGUGGCGGCUUCGCUGUGGUGAGCUCGUCUCCCACGCCACCCCACGGCGUGUCGGUAGUGUCGGACAACGAGUAUUCCGGUAUUGUGGCAGUCUUGGGUCAGUUGCCGUUCCUCGGCACUACAUACCUCGAGGGCGCAGUGCCGUCCGCCGGAGCAGGCGCCGUCGCUUACGGGUGCGGGGGCGGAGACGUUGCCAUCCUCAGCGAGGACUUUGCAGGCGCGGCCACCAGCCUGCGCUACGCCAGCGAUCGCAUCGCUCCCAGGACUUUCAGCGAUACAGGCGUCUGUGGUUGUGGGACUUGGUUUUAA